UCAUGGCUGAGUCCUGGAGCCUCAGUAACUCUGAACUGUGAGGUUGAACAUCCAUCUGCAGGAUGGAGGUUCUACUGGUAUAAGACUGUUCCUGAUCUGUCACACAACUCCUACAUCUAUGAACUGUUACCUGGUAACAGCAGAGGGACUGAACAGGAUUCCUACAUCGUUCAUGGUCAGACACACACAGCAGGAUAUGUGUGUAGAGCUGGAAGAGGAGAUCCAGUGUUUUACACACGUUACAGCCAUUCUAAGUUUGUUUGGUCUGGAGAUCUUCAUCCAGCAGCGUCUCUCACAGUGAAUCCUGACAGAGUGCAGCACUUCACCUCUGACUCUGUCUCACUGAGCUGUGAGGGAAACUCUACUGAGUGGAGAGUGAAGAGGUUUCCUGAACAUGGCUACCAGUCACACUGCUCUGACUGGGGGAGAAUGACUGGAUCAAUAUGCAGUAUUAGUAGUUUACAGUACACUGAUUCACUGGCGUACUGGUGUGAGUCUGGAUCAGGAGAAUUCAGUAAUGCAGUCAACAUCACUGUACGACGUGAUGGUAUUAUCCUGGUGAGCCCUGCCAAUCCUGUGGCUGAGGGACAGUCUGUUACUCUUGGCUGCAAGUUGAGAACAGAAAAUGUUGUUUCUAAUGUGUUUUUCUAUAAAAAUGACAAACUCAUCCAAAAUGAUACAAGAGGGGAGCUGAAUAUCUCUGCAGUGUCAAAGUCAGAUGAAGGUUUCUACAAGUGUCAGUGGUCAGGACAAGAGUCACCACAGAGCUGGAUGUCAGUUAAAGCUGUGUCCAGGUCUGAAAGUUCUUCGUUUCCUGUGCUGCUGAUUGUUGGGUUGGUUUGUGGAAUUUCACUGAUUAUUCUCCUGCUGCUGUUGUUUUGCUGCAGAAAGUCUAAAGAUCCAUGCUGUAACAGCCUCCUCCAGUCUCAGAGAAACAAUCAGAGCUCUGCUACAGACCAAGAUGAAAAUCAACAGCCAGUAUACUCGUCUCUUCUCCACGGUGACAUUUGUGUCUAUGAAUCAAUCAGAGGCUCUGGGAAUGGUGGGAAUGGUGGACAGGCAGAUACCACUAGAAAUGUUAUAUCUCAGAUUGAGCUGAAAGGUGUUGGAAAGAGAAGAAACAGAGAUGAUCCAGGGGAGAGGUCUGACUACUGUAAUGUGAAUCCAGAUUCUGCUACAGGUCCAUAAAGAGAGGUGCAUCAUUGACAAAAUAAGAGACUCAUGACAUGAACAACAGCAUGAAAAACAUAAAUCAUGUUUAAACAUGUUUAACAGCAUUUAUACAACUGCUGCCAUCUGAACAUUAGACACACACCACUUUAUGCAGUUUUGUAGCAGAACAUAUGAGAGGAUUGCAUGAUCUGGAUUUAAUUUCAGCAU